GCGGUGAAGCGCGGCAGCCGCCGCCGGGGCUCCCGGGAGGCCCUGCCGGUGUGGCGGGGCUCGGGCAGCCGCCCCCGCGGGCAUGGCGGGCCGCACGGUGCGGGUGCAGGGCUUCCCCGCCGAGCUGCCUCCCGACAGGGCGGCCGACAAGCUGACCAUUCACUUCCUGCGCUCCCGCAACGGCGGCGGCGACAUUGCCAACGUCCGGGUGCUGCCCGGCUCCCUGCCCUGCGCCCUCAUCACCUUCGAGGCGCCGGAAGUGGCCCAGAGGAUCCUGGAGGUGAAAAACCACGUGCUGGCAAUUGGAAAGACACAGUACCCGCUGGAGGUGACGCCCCACGCUUCAGAGCUGAGCCCCAAUGAGAUCUUCAUACACGUGAGCAUGACAAUUGACUACAGCAAGCUGCCCACGGGCAAAACCCUCCUGAAGGACUUGCACAAAGAGUACAAAAAUAUACACUUCAGCUUCGACUCAAAGAAUAUGCAGUGCAUAGUCCAGGGGCCAUUCACUGAGCUGCAGACCUUCAGCAGAGCCCUGCUGGGCAGCCUGAACCUCAAGAGAGAAGCCACUGGCCAGAUGGUCCUGCCAGCUUCCAGCUGUGGGGCCAAAGAGAUGGGAACGCCUGAUCACCAGCAAGUGCCUGAGUCCACUGAGUCAGCACAAGAGACAGAAAAGCUGCCAAAUUUGGACCAGGUGCAAGAAAUGGCAGCUAAAGUCCCAUCACCUCAGAGCCCAGUGGGUGAGGAAGCUGUGGGACUUCUGGGGAAGCUGGAGGACUUUUCCCUCGCAAUGGACUCGGACAUUUACUUGUACAUGCAGAGGUUCCGUGCUGCUGAGUACCAGGGUGUGCUGCAGCAACACCAUGUGAAUGUGGUGGAUGUCAGUGCUGAUGGCAUUGCUGUAUUGUACCUGCAGCCAUCUGGAGGUGUGUCUGGGGACACAGAUGCCUUGAGACAGGCCCGCCUGGCCCUGCAGCAGCUCUACCAGCAGCUGGAGGUGAGCCUGCGCAAGGAGAAGAUUGCUAAGGAAGGGCUGGGAAUGGACAGCCAGGCACUCAGGGCUGUGACACGUGAACUGCAGGAGCUGUAUCCCCAGCUGCUCUGCCAUGAGGAUGUGAAGCAGCUUUAUCUUGUUGGAAACCUUGUUGAUGUGUCCAAGGCCAAGCAGUUCCUUGAGGAUUUGGUCACCAGGAGAGGUGCUGCACACACGGCUGACAUGCUGAGCAGCUCCCAGCCCUCUGGCACCACAGAGGCUGCACUACACCUGGCCAAAGCUCCUGUGAGUACUUCAGCCACGAGACUUAGCCCAAGCAAGUCAGAGCUGAAAGGUGAGCACAAGCUAGCUGCCAACUUCAGCACUCCUAAAGCUGACAGGUCUCAGGUUGGCCAGGGUCUCUUGGUGAAUCAGGACUCUCCAGCAAUGGGACAGGGGCAGCUUUCUGAGGAGCAUUCAUCAGAGAUAGAUGCUCCUGGUCAGAGUGACCCAAGGGCACUGACCCAGCAGUAUCAGCCUCCCACCCCUGUGACAGAUAAAGCUGUGGGGUCAGCAGCAGAGCCUCAGCAGAACGACCCCACAGAAAGGGGCCAUGUGGAAGGAGGUGCCAGACUCACAGGAGAAAAGACGCUGUUGCCCUUUACAGGCAAAGAAAACAGCACUUCUCAGCAUCCUGAGGUCUCUAAAGGCUCAGGUCCCAUUGGCUACCACCGCCUCCACAACAAGUGUGAUGUGACAUGGACCUCUUGUGCUUUAGGCUGCAAACCCUCUGCAUCCACGCCUGUGCUGCGACGCUCCAACAGCUUCUCCCUACCACGGUUAAAGGAAGGCAGCAACUCUGGACAGAUCAGCACGGUGAGUGAGGAGAUAAGCCUGGACACUCUGCAGUGGUUUUACCUGAAAGAUGUCUGCCAUGCCACUAUUGAUGAGCUGUGCAGGGCUGGAGGGGUGCACAUCUUGGAGCGCCACGCUGGGGACUGCACAGUGCUGGUGCUGCAGGCAGAAGACAGGAAAAGGCUGCUCCAGGUUAAAUGGAAGGUGGAAGAUCUUGUGCAGAAGUGCCCUGACUUGGUGUGUCAGAGUGUCAGCUACUCAGAGCUUGCUGUCAGUGGUCCAGAUGACAGUGACCUGAGUGAACUGUGCAACCUCUUGCGAGGAAAAUCCUUCCAGGUUGGACUCAGCAAAGACAAGUACAAGCUCUACCUUGCCUGCCCCAAGGACAUGCUGCCAGGAGUGACUGAGGCCUUCCGCAUGUUUUCCUCCAGGAGGCUCUGUGCCAUGAAGUCUCCAUCCAUGUCUCCUGGACCAGAGAGUCCAGGGAGAUCAAGUGUCAUCCAGCCAAGCAGAAGCCAGGACUCAGUGCUGGAUGUAGUCCUUCCUGGCAGCCUGAAUAUCCUACAGCACCUGAACAUCAUCCAUAAAAUAAACUCUACAGAUGUGCUCAGGGCUUCCUGGUUGCCACAGACUGGGGAAAGGUCCCCCAGUCCUUGGAGGUACCAGCAGGCUUGGGGGCAGGAAGAGGCCAGGGGCUAUAUUGAUUCUGGGUCUGGAAGAAGAGGAAGCAGCCUUCUGAACCUUAGUACAGGGGAUAAGCUAAGUCCUCCUGGCCUGAGGGAGUUCCAGGAACAGCUGAAGACAAAACUGGCUCCAGGGGAGCCUGACAUCACCCGGCUAAAACAAGUCUUGCCAGACAGAUUCCAGUUUGCAAGAGACAAGAGCAGAGGAGGCCCCAGUGAAGCAAUGGGACAGCAGCACUGUCCAGUCCCUGUAGCUGAUGAAGCUCCUCACUCUCUGCCCACCUGGCUACCCAGGGCCGUGGCUGCUGAGCCACCACCAGCUGUGGCCCAACAGGCACCUGCAGCAGAGCCCACAGACUGGGGAAGGGCCCAGCUCCCAGGGAGCAGGAGCAAUGAGCAGGAGGAGCCUGACCUCCCAUCACAGCAGAGAAGAGACCCCAGCCUUGGACAGGAAAGCAGCACCAUCCCUCUGGGCCAGUGUUAUGCUUGCCAGGGCUCAGGUGUGACCUGCCAGGGCUCCUGUGGUCACGCCUUGUGCAGGACAUGUUUUGCAGCAGACAGUAUGCAGCCAGCUGGCUGUGAAUCCUUCUCAGCUGCCCCAAGCUGCAAUAUCCUGGGGACACUGAAGAUCUCCUCCGUGUCUGAGAGCCUGCCUGGAUACUCUGGGAACACAACCCUUCAGCUUGUUUACUGCAUCCCUGAUGGCGUGCAGGAGGCUGGGGACCCUCGCCCAGGACACCCUUACAAAGGGGACAAUUUUUGUGCCUUCCUGCCUGAUACCAAGGAAGGGCUGAAGAUAGCAAAUCUGCUGAAGAAAGCAUUUGAAUGUGGGCUGACAUUCCAGAUCAAGUCCUGCAAUGGAGAGGAAAGAGUAACGUGGGGCCCUAUCCCCCACAAAACCUCCUGGGAUGGAGGCAAAGCCAGGAAUGGCUACCCAGAUGCCCAGUACCUCCAUGAGGUUGGCACAGUUCUCAAUAAACUGGGCCUCGUGUGAUUCUCCCUCAGCCACAGCCUGUGGCUUCCCUUCACCUUCUUUUCCUGCUGAGAAAACUGCAGCUUAACAGAGACAGCUCAGGAAAAAGCAGGUGUUUGUUGAAGGAGCUUCUGCUUUCCCCAGAUGUAGCCAGAACUCUGCACAUUAGCAAAGAGCAGCACCUCUGUCCCUGCCCUAUGGAGGCCUCAGCAUGGAGCUGAAACUUCCCUGAAACUCCAGCUCCUCUUGGAUGCAUGUCUUGAAAUCACAGAGCUGAUUGCAGCCUGAGCCCUGUUUGGCUUUCAGCAGCAGACACAAACCUGGGCAGGAGUCUGCACCUCAUCCAGCCCCAGCUUCUGGAAGUCUCUUCCACCUCCUGCCACAACAGAGAGGUUCCAGCUCAGCUGCUGCCAGAGCUGGGGUUGGAGAUGAGCUGUCCUUAGUGUCAGCUCUCAGCCCCUCCCUAGCUCCUGCUCUGAGGCCAGCAGGUGACCUGGUGCUCUCUUGAGAACAUGAACAGCUUUCAGCAGCCACAGCAGAUGCCUCCCAGGGACAGUCUCUAUGCUGACAAAUAAAUAGGAUUUGUUCUCAUGUUAAUGUGGCUGCUCAUGCCUUGUCUUACCCUCAGCCCAGGCACCCACUUCAGUCCCACCUGGCUACUGCCACCCAGAUAUGAAGUGCAGAGUCCAGGUAAAGGCUUCACAAACAAAAAUCACCACGGCUGCCCUCCAGGAUUAGUGUCAGGAACAACACUCAAGCCAACACUUAACAGUUGUCACUGAGAGCAGAGGCAUCUCCUCCUUUGUCAGCUGUGGGCAGAGUGUUCACAACAACAGAAACCUGAGCAGCAUACUGUGGAAGGUUUUGUUAUGCUUUUAAUUAACAUUUGAAACACAUAAGGCAUAUGGUAACAUUUGACAGAGGAGCAGUACACAUUGUAGUCAUGUAAACAGCAGUGGCACAGUUGUCUUCUGUCCAACUUGGUUACACGCACAAAGCGAAAUAUAUUUUUUAAACAAAAGAUUUGCUAUGUGUCUGUAGGAUGAGCAUCACUCGUAUCACAAAUCUGCAAAUCAACACAAUUCAGACAGUACAGACCAGACCAUAUGCUGCAAGAGGCUCACUCAGAGUCUAACACAUUUCACAUCAUGCUCAUGUACACUUGCCAAUAACACUUUGCCAUCACAAGGGCUCAGCACACCAGACUUCAGGCAACCCGAGUGGUUUAACACCUAUGAUAGCAGCUGUCAGCAGGCCAGGAUCCUGCACCAGCUGAAGUCUCACACACACAGUGCUUCUUCCUUCUCCCUGGCCAAUCAAUUCUAGUUUAAUACAGGUGUCUGAAACAAAUCCUAGAGCUGAACUCCUUCCCAGAGCAUUUGGCAGGGGCCACACUCCUCUGUGCAAGCCGAGGCCACCUCUGCCCCCUUCCCCUCCUGCAGUCAGCUUGCAACACAAGUGAGCUUCAGAGAGUCAAAAAUGUGGCAGCUGCUGCCUGGUGAUAGCAAAGGAGUUGCAUUUUGUCCCAGACCAGCAGCACCAGGCUGGGAGGCCACUACAGCAAUGACAGGAGAGGCACUGGCACCGAGCCCCCUGCAGCAGGCAGGGCUGUGGGUGCCUCCUCCACUCAUCAACUCCUUACACUUCCACUUGGACUCCUCAUGGCACAACCUUUGAGUCAAGACAAUCAGUAAAAUAAACAUUAAAUUGCACUUCUGGAAUGGCACACAUGAUUUAAGUACAGGAAUCUCCCAGUUCCUCAGUAGCACAACUUUGCCCUAAACAAGCAACAUUGAAUGGAAUGAUUUUUAUCCUAGGGUUUCGUUUUGGUUUUUUUGCUUUGGUCCUUAGUGUACAAACCGGCUGGUUAACUGCAUUAAGACACUUGAAGUUGUUUUACAUAGGUUCUAUACUUACUGGCCCAUGAAAAAGAAAAGUAAAAAACCAAAACACAACCAACCACACCCACCUAGAGCAGAACUUUGAGCAGGGGCAGAGGAUUGCAAGGUUACAUUUAAUCUUGGUCUUCCUGUAGAAAACACUGUUGCUACCAAGAGACACAAAAUAGUCAGUGCUGACCUCGAACAGGCAGUAACUGCUCGGUGUUCCUGCCUUGAUAAGGGCUUCAGGAAUUUCUACGUAGAAGACAUGUGAGCCCAAAAAGAGCCAGGAGCUAGGAUUGUUUCUAAAGAGCCAAGGCUGGAGCAGCUGAUAAAGCCUCACCCUGGAGCCAAACAGCUGCCCAGGGAAAGACAAGGGCUUUACAACAGGUCUUAUGGACUGGGGGGAACAGAAGCACCAGGUCAGCCCCAGAAAGGCUGGAACACCUGGGGGGAGAACAGCUAACUCGUGGAAAGUCCAACAACAUCACCAGUGUUCACAAAACAGAGCUAAUAAGAAUCAAAACAGUGUUUUGGCAAUACUUUGAAAGGCCAGAAUGGAAAAGGCCCCAGUGACUUCCUAGUCGUGUAGCAGAAGGCACUGAGAUGCUGUUUCCUGUGGCACACAGGAGGCAGAGGGGUCUGAUGGGGGCUGUGGGAGCCCUGCCACUCUGCCUGACCCAAGGCCAUCCACGUAAGGCACUGAGCACGAGAUUGGCUCAGGAUAAAGCAGGGAGAGAGAGGAUGUUACUAUGAAACACACCUUAACAGCUUUCCCCUUUACAAUCAGAUGUGCAGGGUUGGGUGCCUUUUGAGCAGGCUGCCCUGGCAUCAAGGUGAAGUCGUUUCCCCAGAGGAACAGGUCCAGACUUUCCAUUGCAGCAAUUUAGACAGUCCUUCUGUUUUCACACCUGGUAAAGCAGCAUUAGACACUGUGGGAUUCAAUCUGAAUUAGCACAACAGGGCAGGUUGAAAGAAGCAGCAAGAUUUUGGAUUCAGAAAGGUAAAAAGUUGUGCUUGAGAGUUCCAUCAGCCUGUGUUAUGAAGUUCAAGAGAUGAACUGACAAGGAUCUGUGGGAGGACUCCAGCACUCCUCUGAGGUUGUAGGGAACAGGAUUGUUGCAAUAUUUAAAGCUAGCCAGGGCACAACCCUGGAAGCUGUGUGGGUGCAUUUCUAAAGAACUCUGGACUGAGCCCAGGCACCUGAAGCCAGGCUGCACUGGCAGACAGCAGUCCCACUGGAGCAGGCUGAGGGAGAAUUCAGAGAGGAACCCAGCCCUGUGUGCCAUGGGCUCUCUUGGGUGGUGGUGGGGCUGCGUGCCCAGCCCUGUGCCCAGUGGGUACCUGCCCUCCUUGAGCCCUGGGCCCUCCCUGGGGGCUAGUUAAGCAGGAUUCUAGUCUCAAGGUUCUGCUUCUGGAGCACAAGUUCUUCCAUGAUCAGCAGUUCCUCUUAGUGCUCUUGUGUUUCCAAAAUGAAAGCCCCAAAAGCCCACCACACCUACAAUCCAUGCCAAGUAAGCACCAGAGUUGCCCAGAGCUGCAAGCAGGGUCCAGGACAGCAUCACCAGGACUCAGGGUGCUCACAGAGCUGGGCUUGGGUCCCUACACAGCUCUGUUUCCAAGUGCACACAAGGAAAGAAAAGUAGAAGAGGAAACAGUUCUGGUGUAGGGAGGAGCAGCUCCUAAACCCUCAGUACUGGAGCACCAAGACACAGAUUCAGGGGGAGAAGAGUCAAGCCCUGCUGCAGCAAAUGAGCUAGAACACAAUGGAAAUGCUCAGAAUGUGCAGGUCAAGAGGCUUGACACACAGCUGGGCUGUUUGUCACCUAACUGCUACCCUGGCAACAGCUUUACCAAGCAGAGUGCCACGGGGAGAGCAGCCCAGGCUGCUGGGCAGCCAGCCCACAGGAGUGGCCCUUGAAAGUUACUUCCCAAACUGCAACACCUCCUCAGUGCACAGGGCACUGCACAAAGCAUUAAUAGGGGAUUAUUUUGUUUCCAUCUCAGCGAAGUCCAAUUCAAUACUGCAGCUCUUGGAAAUACAAAGACAAGGGUGAAGCCCUAACAAUACCAACUUGGAGCCCAACAUAAUAAAGCACAGAGCCAACAUCAAUUGUUCCAGUCGUUUGAGACACAGUUGAGUCCUUAUGGUCUCUAAGAAUCAGACACUGCUCAGAUCUCUCUAUACAAUUUGGAAAUAGAAAAUGGACAGGAUCAGGUUAUCUAAUUGAAACUUUUCUUCUGUAGUCAGGCAUAGCCCAGCCCAGCCUGUCAGGGUAUUUACAGAGUGCACAGAGAAGUGACUGCAAAUGGAGUAUGAUCUGCCAAAGACUCCAAAUUGCCAGGAUGG